AUGAAUAACGAACAAUUUCGGAAGCUUCUGGGCGCCGACUCAGUCAAGCCCAAAUCUCCAAGCAAUGCAGCGUCUCAAAGCAGCGACAGCCCGGCUGCUUCUGGCGCGUUGGGGUCGCGACAGCGAUCAAGCAUUCCCAUGACUCCGCGCUCUGUUGGAGGUGGAAACAGUCGAAACGAAUUUGCGCGGCAGCUGGCUGCGAGGAAUCAAACGACCCAGCCCCAAAAGAAAUUUCGUACAUCAACACCGAAAGGAUCCCGACUUGCGGACGGAUAUGUUGACCGAGCACGAGAACGAACCGACGAAGAAGAAGAAGACGACCGCGAAAAGAGGAUAAAGGCACUGGAAGAAGCGCUGAAGAAUGAGGAGAUCGACCAGGCGACGUUCGAAAAGCUUAGUAGCGAAAUCGCAGGAGGAGACCUUUCGAGCACGCAUUUGAUCAAAGGAUUGGACUUCAAGCUCCUGGAGAGGGUGCGAAAAGGCGAGGAUGUCUACGGAGAUAGCAAAAACGACCCCGAUGAAGAAGAAGUUCCGCCCGAAGAAGAGGUAGACGAAGCAUUCGAUCAGCUGGCGGAUACAGAGGUGCAGGCUGUCGAAAAAGAGAAGGUCAAAAAGAAGGGCCAGUUCGCGCCCGUGGCGCUUGCUCCUGGGAAGAAGAGGAGCCGUGACCAGAUUCUGGCCGAGAUGAAGGCCGCGAGAGAGGCCGCCAAGGCUGAGCAGGAAGCUGCCCUGGGCAACAAGUUCAAGAAGAUCGGUGCCAAGCAACAACCCGGAACUCGCAUCGAGCGAGACAGCAAGGGCCGCGAAAUCUUGAUUAUCGUCGACGAAGAUGGUCAUGAGAAGAGAAAGGUCCGCAAGGUCCAACCGGGCGCUGUACAGGAACAGCGCAACGAGUUCAUCCCGGACAAGGACGCGAAACCGCUGGGGAUGGAGGUGCCCGAAUUCUACAAGAAGCAACAGGAGGAGCUCGAAGAAGACGAGAACGAUGACAUUUUUGCCGAUGCAGGAGAUGAUUACGACCCGCUUGCAGGGAUGGACGACAGUACCGACGAAGAUAGCGACGGCGAGGUCAAGGACAAGAAAGAGGAGGUUAAGGACGAACGAAGCGCCGACACAAUAGCAAUGCCGCCGCCGCCGCGGCCGGUGCAGGCUCGCAACUAUUUCAAGGACGCCAAGACGGAUCUCAUCUCCUCACAGGCGCUCAAGGGCCCUUCCAUGUCCGACCCAGCUAUCCAGGCUGCUUUCAAGAGGGCGGCACAGCUCAACGCGGCGAACAAGGACCGCCAGGAAGACGAAGACGACGAAGACGACGAAGAGGCCAGGGCCCGGCGGGAGCGGCACAAGAGAAUGUUGCAGAGCGUGGACCGAGACGCCGAAGAUUUGGACAUGGGCUUCGGCACCAGCAGGUUUGAAGACGAAGCGGACUUUGACGAGGCGCCGGUCAAGCUUUCGCAAUGGGGCAACGACGACGAAGACGAAGGAGACGGCCAGGGCGGCAAAAGCAAGAGGAAGAGGGGCGCCAAGAAGAGGAAGGGCGACGCCAACAACGCGGCUGAUGUGCUCCGGGUGAUGGAGCAGCGGAAAGCGGCAAGCAAGUAG